AUGGAGACCACAGAAGGGACAGAGCUUGGAGGCGUAGAAAAUCUCACUGAUCGCAUAUCGAAGCGUGACCGUGAACGUAGAAAUGUAAUCGAGCGUCGCCGAGAAGAAAAACAGCAGCUAGCAGUGGAGUCAGAGCAGCUGAGCUUCUUCCAAGACACAUUUCACCUUCAUUGCGAAAAAGUAAAAGAGCUGCUGGACACAGCGCCAGCAGCGCAGACUUCCACGCUUCCAGGGAUCUUCGACAAAGUCAACAAAGAAAUUCUGACCCUCUGGAAUUACCUAUCCCAGUCAAAGAUAUUCCUAAAAAUGUAUGACAUCCGUCGAGCUCAGGAAUCUCUCCAACAAUUGGAGACCGAGGCCGCUGAGCUGGAGUUAAAAUUGUUGCCCAAGAAGAAGUUUGGAUUCAAGAAUCGCAGACCAGCCAAAAAACCCUCGGAAAAGUCUCUAGACGUUACAGACGGGUUAAAGAAUCUCAAUUUGUCUGAAACGGUGACCACUAAUGGAGCAACCAAGCAGCACAAUGAACUCAUCAGCAAGUACACCGACAGUGCAAGCAGUUUAAUUGGCAAGUCUGACGGGACAUUUGCAUUAGACGCCGAAAAUGUAAACAAGAAUGACGUUCUGUUGUCCGACUUGACCCGAUGUAUUGUGCGUAUUUACGGCGCUCCUAGCACAGUACACAUGAUUAAUCUAAAACAAUGCCAAGUACUAAUUGGACCGGUAUCGUCAUCUGUAUUCGCUAACAAUUGUGAUUCAUGUACCUUUGCAUUUGCAUGCCAGCAAUUACGUUUGCACUCGUCAACAGACUGCACCAUCUAUCUCCACGUGACCAGCCGGGCUAUUAUUGAGGACUGCGUUAAGAUAAAAGUCGCGCCUUACAACUGGAGCUACGAGGACCAGCAAAGUCACUUUAAUCUCUCUGGGCUGGAUAUUAAAACCAACAACUGGGACUCCGUAGACGACUUCAACUGGCUUUCCUACGAGAAACACUCACCCAACUGGGCGAUUUUGAAGCCAGAGCUCAGGGUCAAAUUUCGGGAUUGA